AUGGCCUUCACUCCAGAGAUUUUUGACAUCGCAAAUGAGUCCCAGACAACUGAAACGGCCAAAAAAUACGGACUCACGCCCGCCGAGGUGAAGGAGCUUCACCUGAGGGCGACGGCAGCAAAGGCGACGGCCUACUGCCCAUACAGCCAAUUCCGCGUGGGCUCAACUCUUCUUUCCAACGAUGGCCAGUACACUGCAGGAGCCAAUGUUGAGAACGCCUCGUACCCCGUUGGCACCUGUGCAGAGAGAGUAGCCUUCGGUAAGGCCAUCACGGAGGGCAUCCGGGGGUUCAAAGCCGUUGCCGUUGCCACAGAUAUCGAGGCCCCCUGCAGCCCAUGCGGCAUGUGCCGACAGUUCAUCCGGGAGUUUGUGGAUUUGGAGACGCCCAUCCUCAUGUUCAACAAGGAUGGAAAGUACGCUGCGAUGAGACUGGAGACGCUCCUCCCGCUCUCAUUUGGCCCUGAGUACCUCCCACCCCCGGAUGUCCUUCAAAAGAGCCGCGCUGGCGGAGUAUGA